AUGUCUACAGGAGUCUAUCAUAUACGAGCAGGUGAUUGGGAAUGUGGACGCUGUGAUCACAUCAAUUUCAGCUCCCGUGCGAACUGUCAAAGAUGUCACACAUUUAAGGUUCUGUACGGAUCUGCCAGGUCUGUCACGGUGAAAUAUGGUGAUUGGCUGUGUGGAAGCUGUUCCAAAUUGAAUUUUGCUACUCGACAAGUAUGUAUCAAAUGUGGACGAUUGCAAUAUAAUUAUGGUACACAAGUCGCUACAUCAUAG